UUGUAAGUAUGCAAGAAGUAAAAAAUGCCCUGGGUCGCUUAUAGUUGAAAAUGGCAUUAUGAGAAGAGGGACGGAUCAUAAAUUUCAUCCUAAAGAAGAAUCGACUGAACUUCUAGAAUCAGAAAUAGUUUUUCGACGGUCACUGUAUUAUGCUACAACUACAAACCACAAACCAAGCCGCCAAAUUUAUGAUACAUUGAUUAUUAUGCACCCAGAGCUGGCUGACGUGCUACCAUUUAAAAAAAUAGAACGGACGAUGGCACGUUGGCGUAAGCGCACAGUAUUCCCAAAAUUUGAAAGCUAUAGCGAGUUGGUAGAGGAAUUAGGAAAUGAACAAUGGCAAUUCCUUAAGUGCUUUUCAGCGGAUAUUUAUGAUGAAAGAGAAUUUAGUAUUCAAGUGAAAAAUGAUAAUAAAAUGAUGAUCAUUUAUAGUGAAGAUAUUAUCAAUGGCUUAAAUAUCGAAAACUUAUAUGUAUCAACCACGACAAAAGUGCUUCCUGAUUUUGAUAAUUCAAAGUUUUUAACUGUCGUAAUUGCAGAGAUGAAUCAGCAUGCUUUUCCGAUUGUAUGGUUUUUAACCAAAGAUUAUAGUUCCAUUACCAACGGAGAAAUUGGAAAAUCUUUAAAAGAAAUUUUACCAAAUCUCCGGGAUGGGACUAUAAUAUAUGCUGAUUCCACCUCAAAAAUGACAACAGGUUUGGGUGCAAAAUUUUUACAAGUUCAGGGAUCGUUUGAAAACCUGUGUAAUAUGCUUCGAUCUAUUGCACAUGAACACAAUGUAAAUGAAGACGAUGGCGAUGUUAAUUUAACACUACGGAAACUAAUGACAAUUAUUCUACUGCCAGAGGAUAAAAUUGCAAUACAAUUCAAUGCAAUUGCAGAUAAUAUGAAUGAGAAUACGAAGGAAUUAUUGAGUAAUUUCUUUGAAAAUUACAAGGUUAAUUGGAUUGAUAGCUAUGAUCCACUGGCGAGUUUUGGAACAGAAACUUCGCACUACUAG